UCACAAAAAACACUUCUUAAAUUAAGUCUCUUAAAAGUUGAAGAUAAUUUAAUAUUUGCAAAGCCAAUUGAAAAGUAUCAAAUCUCUCAACAAAGUUUAACUUAAUUUUAAAUCUAAACAAACAUUAGUUAAGAAUCUAUAGUUUCUAUUAAAAAAGUUUAGAUCCUAAAAUUAUAAAUAAUACGAUAAUCUUAUAGAAAUAUCUUAGAUUUGUUGAAUAUCAUCUUACAAAUUAAUAUUAUGGAGUAGAAUAUAGGCAAAUUCUAAUUUUUUAAUACUUUUGACUAAUCAUCUCCUGAAAAUGAUUCUAAUAAUGAUAAAAAAAUGCUUGUACUAUUAAUAUUAAUUGGAUUUUUUUGUAUAUAUUACCUAGUCUUACUUUAUUACCAUUUUACAAGGAGAAAUCUCUUCCCUAUUAGCGAACGUAGCUACAAAUUGACACUUAUUGAUGGAAUAUGUUCUAUGGUGUUUGUAAACAUUGUAUUAAUAUCUAGUAUUAUAACAAACGAACAUAACUUUUUACUUGCCCCAAACUUCUUUUAUUGUAGUAUUGAUAAGGUAGGACUAGGUUCAACAGAUAUAGAGUUUUAUGAAAACAAUUAAUACAAGGCUAAUUCAAUUAAAGCUUUUUAGUUCCUUAACAAUUUUUUAAAGUUUUUUAAGACAAUAAACUACUUAUUAAGGACUUUUAGGUUGAGUUAUGUGUUUUACUUUAAUAUUAAGCACAUUGAAAAAUAUAAUUCUAUCAUUAAUAAAUCUGUGAUGGGAAAAAAUAGUAUGACAGAUAUAAAUAAUGGAAAUACCAAUUUCAUUUAAUAGAACUAGAACUUAAGUUCUAAUCACUAAAGAUAACUAAAUAUAAAUGUAGCAACAUACAAUACAUAAAAUUCUUACGGAGAUGCUAAUGGUUAAUAGCAAAACACAGCUUAAAAUUUUAGUAAUCAUUUAGGUUCACAUAGAUAAGGGCAUUUUUAAGAAAGUCUCGUAUAUAGCGACAUUUCAUUUGGAAACUAUUCAAACUCUACCUACAUCCCUUAGACAAAAAUGACUUAUAUGCUCAAAAGAGAGAAUCUUCUGAUAGGAAUAUCUUUCUUAAUAUCUAUAGUUUUCGCAACAAUAUUUUACUUUAUUCCUUCAGCAUCUCCUUUUAUGUUUUGGAACAUUAAAUUUUCUAGUGAUUUGUAAGAUACUCACAUUUAUGACAAUAUCAUAUUUAUCUGCAUGAAUUUUAUUUUAAUUAUCAUUAUACUAUUCUGCUUGAUGUCUGUAAAAAAUGUAGAUGAUAGUUAUAAGAUAAAAUAUGAAAUUUAUUUCAUGCUUGCCAUUUUUACAAUUGUAGGAAACAUCAUUUAGUUUGAAUGUCCAGAAUAAGAUUCCAUCAAUUAUGUAUUUGAUGAAAAUUCUUAUCCUAUUUUUGGACUUAUCCCAUAUAGAUUGGCAAUUAGUGGUCUUUUAGAUUUUGUUGCUAUUAAUAUAGAAAUACUACUGCCUAUUCUCUAUUCAAGCAAAGAAAGACCUUUUUAUAAUCAGAAUAUAGUAUAAGAUAGUCUACCCUUCUUCUGUUCAAAAUAUAAAAAUUUUGUAGAUUUCUUAGUUUACCAGCAAAAGCCAAACCAAAGUUAAAUCAAUAGCUCUUCAUAAUGCUUAGCUGAAAUAUUAAAUCUUUAUAUAGAAAUGAAGAACCAAAAUUAAAAUUAACAAGACAUAGAUUAAAUAACAAAGGUUUUUCAAAAAUUUGACUGUCUUGUUCCUGCAUUUAGAAGUGAAAAUGUAAAAUUAGAUUUAUUGUUUGAAAUAUAGGAUGGUAAAGUUAUAUAAGCCAAAGAAAAUGCAACAUAAUAAAGCCAAGAUUAUUAAAUGUUAUAUUAGAAAACGACUGAAAUUUUAGAAAAGUAUCAAAAGAUUUUUAUGAAGACACCCUAAUACGAAUUCUUAUUCAGAAGAUAUUAAAUGCAGAAUUAAAUUUGCCUUUGCCUUUAGGACUUUAAUAUGACUGGAGAUAAUUCAAAUUGAAACUUAUUCAACAUCUUUUAGAUCAAAAAUAAUAAUUUUUACUAGACUUUAAAAAAUUUAAUAAAUAACAAAAACCCUGAAAUUCAAAUUUAAUAAAUUUUUAAUUUAAAGCAAAUUAUUAGUUUUCACAUUUAUAUGUAAAUGAUAUUUAGUUAUAAAAUUAUUAAUC